UGGGCAGCGGCGGCGGCGGCUCCGGCUCCGCCCCGCGAGGGCAGGCCAGGGAAGCAGGCGCGGCCGCCGCCACUUCGACUCGGGCAGGCGGAGAGAGGGACAAGCCGAGCGCCUCUGGCGAAGCCGCGGCUGGACAGGGCGCAGCAGGACCCUUGUGCAGAGUCCCAGCCUGCAGCAGGAUGACUGAAGGCUUUGACUGCGCCAGCUGCAAGGAGUCCCUCUAUGGGCGCAAAUACAUCCAGGUGGACGAGGGGCCCUUCUGCAUCCCCUGCUAUGAUACCCACUUUGCCAACACCUGUGACGAGUGCAAGGAGCCCAUCGGGCACGACUGCAGGGAGCUCUACUACGAGGACCGGCAUUACCACGAGGGCUGCUUCCGCUGCUUCCGGUGCGACCGCUCCCUAGCCGACGAGCCUUUCACCUGCCAGGGCCAGGAGCUGCUCUGCAACGACUGCUAUUGCCGGGAGUUCUCCUCCCAGUGUGUGGCCUGCCAGCAGGUGGUCAUGCCAGGCUCCCGGAAGCUGGAGUACAACGGCCAGACGUGGCACGAGCACUGCUUCCUCUGCAGCGGCUGCCAGCAGCCCAUCGGGGCUCGCUCCUUCAUCCCUGAGCAGAAGGACUACUACUGCGUCCCGUGCUACGAGAGCAAGUUUGCCCCCCGCUGCACCCACUGCAAGAAGUCGCUGACCAAGGGAGGCGUGACCUACCGGGACGAGCCCUGGCACAAGGAGUGCUUCGUCUGCACGAGCUGCCAGACCCCCCUGGCCGGGCAGCAGUUCACCUCUCAGGAAGACCAGCCCUACUGUGUCAAGUGCUUUGGGAGCCUCUACGCCAAGAAGUGCAGUGCCUGCACCAAGCCCAUCACAGGCUUUGGAGGGGGCAAAUACGUCUCCUUUGAGGACCGCCACUGGCACCACAACUGCUUCAGCUGCUCCCGCUGUGCCGCCUCCCUCGUGGGCAAGGGCUUCAUCCCGGAGAACGAGGAGAUCCUCUGCCGCGACUGCGCUAGCGACCUCUGAGGCCGGGCCUGGUGCCGGUUGUCCUCCAGGCUUCCUGCAUCCUGAAGCAGCAGCAACAGUGGGGCAGAGAGGAUUCUCCCUCCCUGCUUCCCUUUCCCUGCCUCUCUGUGGCUGGGCCUCGGGGGCUGGAUCCACAUGCCCCCAUAACUUUGUCCCCAGAGGUUGUGUUGCGAAGUGGGAGACCGCUCCCUCCCUCUGUCCCCUGCUAUUGCAGCCCAGCAAAGCCUGUCUAUGCAAGGUGAUCCCAGCGUGGGAUGCAGGGGGGAUGUAUGUCUGAACUGGUUGCAGCCUCUCCAACCUCCCACCAACCCCUGCCCUGAGCCUCCAGUUUCUGGGCCUAGCAGCGCCAAGCUCUCCCCCCCUGCCAAGAGUCCCCCCUUCUCCCUGCAGGAGGUGGAAGCAGAGGCUGGAGGGCGGGCACCGCCCCACCCACCUCUUAUGAGCCUCUGAGGGAGGGUGCUGCUCCUCCCUGCCCCCCAGGGGUCCUGCCCCCCAUCUUUCUCCCCCCAAGUGUUGUCUGCAGUGGUAGGCGGGGAGGGUGAGUGGACCCAGGAGCAAACUUGUCAAAACAGGCAAGGCUCCAGCAGUGGGUCUCCCUUGCAGGGUGGGCGCUGAGGGUGCUCACGACCCUUUGGGUGGGCCUUGGCACUCUCUCCACCCACAGUGACUUUGUGGCCUGCUCAGCGCCAGCUGCUCUGCCUAGCAGGAUCUCCAGAACGAUACCAAAGUGACCCCCCAUCUUCUCCAGCUGCAGGAAGCCACUUCCGGCCCCUAUUCUCUAUAUCCUAAACUUUCUUCCUGGCUCCUUCUCUCUCCCCUCUUCCAGGGAAUAUUUUGUCCCCAUCCUGUUCAUGUACUGUGUAGCCAGUUCCUUGGAUAUUUUGCAGUGGGGGAGUCAGUGUGUGUGUGUGUGUGUUUUUCUCUCUCUGCCUGUCGGAGGUGGUGGUGGUGGUGGGGACUCCUCCUAGCCUUGCCCAUAUCUGGCCAGUGUCCGCCCCCCCCGCCCCCGCUUUCUGGCUUUAUAUAAUAAACCAUGUUACUGGAC